CAUAAUAAGCCUCGCAAGCCAAAGUUGAGCUAGCGCCAUCAUCUACCGACAAUAAAAUAAUAUAAAAUAAUCCCCUGCUUACCUUUCUCUACACCGAAAGCGCUCCAUCCAUCCUACCGUUCAAAUCCAACGGCCGCAUCUCCCUCAUCUCUACUUCAAACCCUCCAUUUCGAUCACAUCCGUUCUUCUCUCGGCCAGCCAGAUCUUACCCAUUCCUUCAGAUCCGGUCGCCGACACUGCUCCCCUUUCUCCUCCCCUUCUUCUCUCUCCCUCUCCACUUAGAAAGAGAGAGAGGAGAAGAGAGACAGGAUGGUGGAAGGGCACGGGACGACGCGGCGCGGCAGCAACCCUCGGCUGGAGGCCGAUCCGGUCAUCGACAUCCCCCCGACCCCUCCCGGCGACGCCCGCCCCGGCGUCAAGCUCCCCGGCGCCGGCCCCUCCUCCUUCCUCUUCCUCCUCCUCCCCUUCCUCUCCCACCCUUCAGAUGCCGGCUCCGGCGCUGGCGCCUCCUCCUCCUCCUCCACCGUCACCACCGCCCUCAUCAUCGGCGCCUGGUACCUCUCCAACAUCGGCGUCCUUCUCUUAAACAAAUACCUCCUCAGCAUCUACGGCUACCGAUACCCCAUUUUCCUUACGACGCUCCACAUGCUCGCCUGCUCCGCGUACAGCGUCGCCGCCGUCCGGUGGCUCCGCCUCGUCCCCCUCCAGUCCGUCUCCUCCCGCCGCCAGCUCCUCAAGAUCGCCGCCCUCAGCGCCAUCUUCUGCUUCUCCGUCGUCUGCGGCAAUACUUCCCUCCGCUACCUUCCGGUCUCCUUCAACCAGGCCAUCGGCGCAACGACCCCCUUCUUCACCGCUGUCUUCUCCCUUCUCAUCACCUGUCGCCGCGAAUCCGCCGCCGUCUACCUCGCCCUCCUCCCCGUCGUCCUCGGCAUCGUCCUCUCCAGCAACAGCGAACCCCUCUUCCACCUCUUCGGUUUCCUUGUCUGCGUCGGCUCCACCGCCGGCCGAGCGCUCAAAUCCGUCGUCCAGGGCAUCCUCCUCACCUCCGAUGCCGAGCGCCUCAACUCCAUGAACCUCCUCAUGUACAUGGCCCCCAUGGCCGCCGCCAUGCUCCUCCCACUCUCCCUCUGGUCCGAGGGCGACGUAGCCGCCGCCACCGCCGCCAAGGCAGCCGACGACCCCCGCCUCCUUCUCCUCCUCUUCGCCAAUGCCACCGUCGCCUACCUCGUCAACCUCACCAACUUCCUCGUCACCAAGCACACCAGCGCCCUCACCCUUCAGGUCCUCGGCAACGCCAAGGCCGCCGUCGCCGCCAUCGUCUCCGUCCUCAUCUUCCGCAACCCCGUCACCGUGAUGGGCAUCACCGGCUUCGCCAUCACCAUCAUGGGCGUCGUCCUAUACAGCGAGGCCAAGAAGAGGUCCAAGUCUCAUUCUUCUUCCUCCUCUUAAUUCUCUCAUCCAUCCCAAUCGAAUCUCCAACAUUUUUUUUUCUUUCUAAUUUUGUUUCUUACCCACAUAAUAUGCGUUGUUAUCGUUGUUGUUUUGCUUGCCAAAAAAAAAAAAACAUCAUUAAUUGGUCACCAA